AUGCGUCUCACUUCAAUCUCCAUCUCCCUCGCCCUCCUCUCUCCUCUAGCGCUCGCAUCCCCAAACCUAGCCGCAGAGAGCAAUAACGCCAUCCUCAAGCGCGCCCCCGUGCCCAUGCAACCCCUAGUCGGCCGCCAACUAGGCCAAUCUCCCGUCCACAUUCUCGCCCGAUCCCCUCAAAACAACGACGACAAUGACUGCGAUAGCGACGAGCGAAGAUGCGGCAACGCCUGCGUGGACGAAGACUGGACCUGCUGUCCCGAUAAUGUGAGCGGCGGCUGCCCCAGUGAUAAGGAAUGUCUCAGGGUCGACGGGGUGUGGGGAUGCUGUCCUGAAGGCGAGGACUGUCGGUGGGAUGAUGAUGACGAUGACGACGACGACGACCGGAAUAUCUUUGAUCGCAUUGGAGACGGAAUCGAUGAUCUUGGGGAUGAUAUCGAGGACACCUGGAAUGAUAUUGUGAAUGAUGACGAUGACGAUGCGGCGGGCAUGCUGAAGCCUGGGCUUGGUGUUGCGUUGCUGGCGGCGGUUGUUGCUGCGGUGCUGCCGGCUUAG